UCCAAAUUUUGAAUUUAAGUAUCGCUGUUCCGCAAUGAUUCUGACAUUCUGCCUGUAUUCUUUGGCGGACGGACCAGAAUAAUGAAGAUUGUUGCAUUAUUAUUUUUGGUGACGUUUGUUGCCUUUGCGACAGCUAGCCCUCGUCAGUACUCGUAUGUGUCUACUGAAACAUUUCGGACACCUGACGGAGUUCACAAGCAUUCAGCUGGAAAAAGUGGUCGCAAAAAGCCCAUUGACACAGUAGCAGGCGAUCAAACAACAAGCGAGUACUGGAUCAACAAAGCGAAGGCAUUUGUCGACCAGAAAGUGAAGAGCUCAAACAACAAGAAAAAGGCGAAGAAUAUUGUGUUGUUCCUGGGAGAUGGCAUGUCAAAUCCAACAGUUGCGGCAACCAGAGUUUACAUGGGCGGUGAAGAAAAACAGCUUGAGUUCGAAAAGUUCCCGAACACAGCCAGCUCGAAGACCUAUUGUGUCGAUUAUCAGGUAGGUGACGCGGCAUGCACUGCCACAGCAUUUUUGCAUGGUGUGAAGGCGAACAAAAUGACUAUCGGAGUCAGUUCAGCUGCCCAGCCACUGAAUUGCCGAGACAGCAGCGAUUUGAGGAAACAUACUCAAUCUAUUGCUGCAUGGGCUCAGCGCGCAGGAAUGGCAACUGGCAUCGUCACAAACACCCGAGUCACUCAUGCUACGCCGGCAUCAGUUUAUGGACAUGCGACGUCCCGCGAUUGGGAGACCGAUUCUGCUGUCAAACAGAGUGGAUGCAAUGCGAAUUCGGUUGAUGAUAUUGCUGAACAGCUGGUGAACGGACAAGUUGGAAAGAACUUAAAUGUGAUCUUGGGAGGUGGAUCUCGAGCAUUUCUAGAUAGGAGUUUGAGUGAACAUGGAGCUAGCGGUUCGAGAAGUGAUGGUAAGAAUUUGAUAGCUCAAUGGAAGUCAAUGGAUACUAGACGCGUUUACGUGAACAACACAAACGAUCUUUUGAACUUACCACCAAGUACCAAGCAGCUGCUUGGCCUUUUCAGCAGCUCACAUUUUGGUUACAAUCUCGACAUUAAACGUGAUGGUCUUCAAGGAUUCAUGCCCACACUUACUCAAAUGACUUUGAAGGCGAUUGACAUCCUUAGUAAAGAUAAGCAAGGCUUCUUCCUUCUUGUAGAAGGUGGACUGAUUGAUAUGGGUCAUCAUGAAACGAGAGCCAAGUAUGCAAUCGACGAAGCAGCUGAAUUUUCCAAAGCCAUUGCAGCUGCUUUGACGAAGCUAGACCUUGAAGAAACCUUGGUCGUUACAACGUCUGAUCAUGGGCAUACUCUUUCGAUUUCUGGAUACGCACCUCGUGGAUAUGAUAUUUUCGGAUACCAAACUGGAAUAUUCGGACCAGCAAGCGACAAUCUUCCAUACAUGACGCUGAGCUACGCCAAUGGAAUGGGUUUCUAUGAUCACACCAGUGUUAAAGGUGGUCGUGUUGAUCCAAGUACUUUCGAUCGAUCGCCGAACGACUUUAGAUUUCCAGCCACUGUUCCGUUGAGCUCUGAAACGCACGGAGGAGAAGACGUCGGGAUCUGGGCGGCAGGACCAUGGUCUCAUCUCAUCAGAGGCACAAUGGAACAACACGUCAUCCCUCACAUCAUGGCUUAUGCCAGCUGCAUCGGAGACGGAUUGACAAUGUGCAAAACAAAUUCCAAAUUUUGAAAA